UCGACACGAGCCUUUCCCUGCCUUCCUUUGUCUGCUCUGCCUCGCAAUUCUCUCUCAUGAGUCGAUCGUGAACCCUCAUCGGACGCCGCCGUCGCUUCGCUGCCGAUUCGCGUCACCCUCCGGUUUCGGUGCUUUGCCAGUCAUCAAAUCUCAUCCGCCUUCGCCUGCUGUCUGCUCGGUCGAGACGAAGGCUAAACCCUAAAAUUUGCCGAUUCGCGUCGUAAUCCGCCCGGCCGUGGCCUGGCCUUCUUCCUCCAUCAUCUCCUCCGGCGUCUGAUUCUCCUGACCGCAUUCAUCGUCUUCCCUCCCUCCCAACUCCAGAAUCGAGUGUAAGCGGUGUUGAAGCGUCAAGAUGUACAACGGGAUAGGAUUGCAGACGGCAAGGGGGUCGGGAACUAAUGGUUACAUCCAGACCAAUAGGUUCUUUGUGAGGCCAAGGACGGACAAGGUCGCUCAUGCUUCCAGGGGAUUCGAUGAAGACCAGGGCACUGCAGGGAUAUCCAAAAAGCCCAACAAGGACAUCCUUGAGCACGACCGCAAGCGACAGAUUCAGCUCAAGCUCGUGGUGCUGGAGGACAAGUUGAUUGAGCAAGGUUAUACUGAUGCUGAGAUUGCUGAGAAGAUGGAGGAAGCAAGGAAGACGUUGGAAGCAGCAUCGGCCUCCGAGGGAAGUGGUGGACCUACUUCUUUGAUCUCAGGAGACGCUAAGAUUUCCAACACACAGUCUCACCAAGUUGCUGCGAGGAAGGAGAGACAGAUGGAAACAUUGAGGGCUGCUCUAGGAAUUCAGUCAACUGAUCCCAACAAAGAUGUUGCUGAUUUGAGUGAUGAUGGACCAUUUGCUGGUGGGAAGAAUGAUGGGAGUAAGUGGAUUAAGAAACCGGAACAUGCCUUCCUGGAUAGAGAUUUCAAAUUGAAGAAAGAUGCUGCUGAAGAUCUGGACAUUGAAAAGAGGGCAGCUGGUGCUGCAAAAAGUAGGAAGAAAGCUGAUGAAGCUGAUGAGGCGGGACAAGAUAGAAUGGCAAAAGCCAAGAAAAAGAGACGUCGUCAUGGUUCAGAAUCUGAUAUUAGUAGCAAUGCGGAGGAGGGUGAAGUGACUCGAGGGAAGCAUCGCAAAGUUAGACGCGGUAGUAGUGCUGCCGACAGUGAUUCAGAUUAUGGCAAGAAGAACCGAGUUUCAAAGAAGCAUCGCAAGGGCAGAAGACAUCGAAAAGACAGCGAUGAUUCUGAUUCUGGCCAUGAUACUGAAUCUGAUGAUGGGAAGAAAAAAAAUUCAGAUUACACUGACAGCGAUUCAGAUUAUGGCAAGAAGAACCGAGUUUCAAAGAAGCAUCGCAAGGGCAGAAGACAUCGAAAAGACAGCUAUGAUUCUGAAUCUGGCCAUGAUACUGACUCUGAUGAUGGGAAGAAAAUUUUUUCAGACAAGCACACUACCGGCAAGCAUGGCCGGAAGAGGGAUGACUCAUCAUAUGAUGACGACACUGAUUCAGACAAUGCCAAGAAGAAGAAAAAGCCAAAGAAGAAUGGUAUCCCGAGGAAGCCCAAGAAAAUUAGAAGUGGUAGUGAAAGUGAUGAUUCUUCUGCUGAUGACAGUGAGGGUGAUGAUGGGAAGAAUAAUCCAAAAGUUCAAUCAGAGAAAAGAAGAAAAUCUCAGAGGUGGCAUGACAUUGACUCUGAUUCUGAUUCUGAAUCUGAGCCAUCCAGACAUAGACUUGAGGAGACAAGACAACAUGCCAAAACAAGAAGGCGACAUGACUCUGAUGAUGACUCUGAUGCUGAUGUUUCGGCUAAGAGGAAAAACACCCUUAAAGCGCUCAAAGGUUCUAGUGAUGGGAACCAAAGAAGGGAAAAGAAAAUUUUAGGUGCAGGAGUCCAUUUGAAGAACCGAGACUCUGACGUGGACAAUGAAUCAGGUCUGGAGAAACAUAUUGAACGCAGAAGGGAAUCAGCUAAGAAUGGUGAUAGAGAACACAGAAGGGAAUCAACUAAGAAUGGUGCUGAUUAUGACUCUGCAAGUGAUCGGUCUGAUGACAAAAAAGUGAGGACGAAGAACAAUGAGAAGCAUUUUGAUGGAAUGAGAGAAGGGAAGCGAGAUCUGGAUCUUGGAAAGCAGACUGUUCGGAGAGAAACUGGCCGUGGUAAAAAAGAUAAUACUGUUGAAGAAGAAUUGGAUAGUAAAUUGUACCGGGAUAAGGAUGACUUUGGUCAUGAUCGUUACUCUAGGUCGCUUAAGUCCAGGGAUGGUAUCUCUGAGAAGGUUGGGGAUGCAGAGAGAACAGAGUGUAAGGGUGAUGAAUCUCCAUAUGGAAGUCAAAGUCGCCAACGAUAUCGUGAAGGACAUGGGAGGGAGAAUAAGGGCUAUAGGGAAGAGCGGGAUAGGUAUAAAAAAGACUCCAAGGAAGAAGGGGGGAGGGACAGAAGCCACACCAGAGAGGAGCGGGAAAGUGACCCAGAUAUCGUUAGGAAAGAGCUUGGAAGGGACGAUUGGAAUGCUAGGGAAGAACGUGGAAGAGACAAGCAGGAUCCUAGAGAAGAGCAUCUAAGUGGCAGAAGGGACUUCGGAGAGGAACAUGGAAGAGAAAAAAGGGAUUUCGUGAAAGAGCAUGGGAGUGGCAAAAGGGGUGCAAGAGAAGAUCGUCAAAGUGAUAAAAGGGACAUUAGGGAAGAACGUGGAAGAGACACUAGGGAAAAUCGUGACAGCAGAGACAUUAGGGAAGAACGUGGAAGGGACAAGAGGCAUGCUGGGAAGGAAGAAGAUGGUCAUAGAACUAGAAGGAAUGAUAAAGUCGAGCAAGAUGGUGAAAAACGAAAAAGCUUUACUGACAAUGAUGAUGUUCAAAAACAUGGAACUCGGAGGCAGGAAAGGGAGGAAGAAGGCCAGCAACAAAGUAAAGAUGAUCGGGUGGUUUCCUCCAAGAGAGCCAGAUAUGACGAUGACCCACAUCAUGAAUACGACAGACGCAGAGACAAUCGACGUGACUACCGCGACUGACUGUCUUCUGUAGCAUGAAAAUAGUUUAAAUGGGAUUGGUUGCAGCAGCGUGAAGGUUACAUUCCCAGUGAAGGGGCAUAAUAGCAGAAUGGAAGAUUACAUGACAUAGGUAAUUCAUGCAUGUAAGAGGGCUUGAAGAACUCUUUGUUCUGGUGAUCUUUUUGUUCAAGAGUGCGUUAGAAAAUGAAAGUGUCGCCUUUUUAGUCUGAAUAAAGGGAGUGCAGUUGCUGAUCAUGCCGCUACAUAAGUAAGCAGCAAUGUUUUUAGCUGUGUUGCGCAUCUGGAAGAUUAUUGUGCAGGCUGGGAGUCGGUUGAUUGAAUCCUUGGGACUUUGUGUAAGGAAGACUGGAAGAGAGAAGAGGGGGCACAUUGUUUCGGGAAAGAAGGCAGCAGCAAGCAGCUCUCUUGCGAGGCAGCAUUAUGCAGCUCAACAACAGCUUCGGAUACCAAAAUGCAGGUCGAGGUUUUGUCAAUGCAUUCACCAUUCUUGUUCACGUUGAUGAUUGAUCACGAUUAGGCUACGCUGAAUUCCUAUUCGCGUCUAUUUCGUGCUAAUGGGUGACUUGAAAUUCCGUACCUUGUUUCCAUCACAAUCUAGCAGAAUAGAGUCGGAUUUUUGGAGCCAAGGUUUUCCGUGGCCGCCAUUGAUAUCAACCUCUUGGCGGAGGCAGAUCCACCAUUUCCCCACUCUUUUUAUCUCUCGCUUUAGCGCAGCUCCUUCUCCUUUUUAUCAGUCAAUCUGUUGGUUCGGAGAAAUUGGGGAGACCACAAAUUUCAGGUCAAUCCACCGGUGGCGUAAAUUUCAGAAGCUCGCGCGGGAAAAUUUCGCCCGACUGUGGACCCCACUUUUAACUGAACAUACGCU